GAGGAGGGAGUGACUCUUUUGUAUCUGAACAAGCUGCUGCUUCAUACACAGAUUCAGACAGUUAUAAAUAUACAUAUGUUAUUUAUUGGUGUAGCAGCAUUAGAAAUCAAAGCUGAGUUCUCUCCAGAGCUGCAGCAGCAAAUCUGUUUGCUUCCAGUUUGUCUUGUUAGUUUUAUUUGUUAUCUUUUGUUUUUCUGUGACAGUAGGAUCAACCUACACGUGUUUUAUUGUCUGAGGAGUUUUUAACAGUACAGGAUUCGGCUUGCUGAGCCUGGCUGGGUUUAUUAAACGAGAGGUUAGAGAGCGAGUGUGUAGUCAUGAAGGAGGAGAUCGCUGCUGCUGUGUUCUUUGUGGCUCGGCUGGUGAAGAGAUAUGGCUGUCUGGAUAAUGACAGCAGGGAGCGAUUUGCUGCCGCCCUCACCUCCGUUCUGUUUGAGAACUACAAGAACCACUGGCACCCCAGCGCACCCACCAAGGGACAGGCCUACAGGUGUCUGCGUAUGAACCGUGUGCGGCUACAGGACCCGGUGCUGCAGCAGGCCUGUGAGCGCAGUACGGUACGGUACGAGGAUCUCGGCCUUCCCCUGGAGCUGACGGUGUGGGUUGACCCCGGAGAGGUGUCCUGCAGGUACGGCGAACACAGCACUCCUUUCUGCGUUUCUGUGGUGGACAGCUGUCGGCGUGGAGAUGGGGAGUUUUCCCGCCGCAUCCAUGACGCUGUGGAGCGGGCGAGCCUUGACGUCCAAUCAGGAAGCUCCUCAGACGAGGAGGAGGGGGGCGGAGACAACAGCAUGAGCAGCAGCAGCAGCAGCAGCAGCAGCAGCAGCAGCGUCGGCCUGUCAGCGACUGUCUGCCCUGCUCCAGCCCCACCCACCAACCCUGAACCCAAAACCAUCCCAACUGUCAGCAACCCCAACAGCGUCUAUCGGUUCAGUGAGUUUUCUCCUGGCGCCCCUCAGACCUGGCUGAGGGAGAAGCGAAAGGCCUUCGCCGGGGACUCCUUCCCACCUCACGUUCCCCCGCCUGGAGGUCCGACCUCCCAGUUCUCCGGCCAGAAAGGCUUCAAGUCCUACCGAGCCACGUUCACCUUCACUGGGCCUCGCGUUGACAAGUACCACUGGGUCAGUAAAUCCCGAUCCUAGGGCGAACCAAGCCUUCAACCCAGAACCAGAGCAGGGUCGCUGCUCGGGACAGCAGCUGCGGUGCCGGAUCAAAGCACCAUGGGGGGAAAAAAGUGUCAGGACAGUUUAUGUAUCUUUAAAGGAUGAGAGUUUAUUAUUCAUAUAUGGUUUAAAGUAAUAAUGAUUUAAAGGAAUGCUGUCAAAGCAUGUUUUUACAGAUUGAAUUAUUCAAGUAUUUUAACUAAAACCUUCCCUUCUAAAUGUGUUUUUAAAUUAAAGUAAGUGUGAAUAAAGUAACAUUGAACUGUCAUUGAAAAGAAAUAAAAGCGUCUUGUCAGCUCUGCUGGUUAUUCUAAAGUGGUUCUUCUGUUUC